GGGAGCAACCUUGAAGAGCCGGGAGGGAGGGAGAUGCUGAGCAGAGCCCAGAGCCGGGGGCCAGAGACCCCAAAGAUGAGCCCCCUCAUCGAGCCUCUCUCCUGGAUGCUGGGCACCUGGCUCUCCGAGCCCCCCGGGGACGGCGCCUACCCGACCCUGCAGCCCUUUCGCUACCUGGAGGAGGUGCACAUCAGCCACGUGGGCCAGCCCAUGCUGAACUUCUCGUUCAAUGCCUUCCAUCCAGACACCAAGAAGCCAAUGCACAGGGAAUGUGGGUUCAUCCGUCUCAAGCCCGACUCCAACAAGGUGGCCUUUGUGAGCGCCCAGAACACAGGGAUCGUGGAAGUGGAGGAAGGCGAGCUGAACGGGCAGGAGCUCUGCAUCGCGUCCCACUCCAUCGCCAGGAUGUCCUUCGCAGCCGAGCCCAGGGUGGAGCAGAUAAUGCGGACCUUCCGCCUGACGGCCGACGGGAGGCUAGAGCAGACGGUCUCCAUGGCGACCAGCACCCAGCCGAUGACGCAGCACCUGCACAUCACCUACAAGCGCGUGACGCCUUAGCGGGCGGGAGCGGGGAGCAGCCCCAGAGAAACCAAAUAAAACCCCUUUAUUUUUAUGGCUGCGGUUUUGAACACC